AUGGAAACUAAAGAAUUGAAGACCAGCCCAGCUCCUAAUGUGCCCUUAGAUAAUGAGGAAUUAUUGAAUGGAUUGGGUAGUGAAUUGAUGGAUAGGAGAUUCAGUGAAGGUAAUCAUAUGGCUAGAACUGAUUCCAGAUGGGGUAAACUAAAUGUUCCCCAAUCAGGAAGUGAUAAAGAUGACACAAGUAGGAGCGGAACUGCCGGUUCUGUUGAUAGUGUCCACAAACCAAUCAAAAUUGAAGAAAACGUCGCACCUGGACAACUAUAUGCAACCGAUUCUGGGAAAUUGUUUCAUGCAGGGAAGAUUUUGAUUGUACUAGUUGGGCUACCAGCUACUUCAAAGACUGCUCUAUCUGUUGCUAUUACAAGGUAUACAAGAUGGCUAGGAGUCAGGGCAGAAUCAUUUCAUAUUUCAAAAUAUAGAAAAGAGAUGAAUUAUUCAGGGGAUGAUUGUUACUCUGCGGUACCUGAAACGAAAGUGGGAAAAGAGUUUAGGAAAUCAUUAUUAGAGUCUGUCUUUAAUGAUAUGAUUGUAUUUUUCCAAAAGACCAAAGGUCAGAUUGCUGUGUAUGAUGCUUUAAAUAUCAGGAAGGAGGACAGAACAAACAUACACAUACGGUUUGCUAAUUUAAAUAUAAAAGUUAUAUUCAUUGAGUCGAUUGUGAAGGAUCCUGAGCUAUAUGAAUUGAAUUUAUUGAAUGCAGCUAAGGCAUCUGAGUUUGAGAAUUUUACGAAAGAACAAACCCAAAAUAUUUUAAAAAGGAGGUUACAACUCAAUAAAUCUUUUUAUCAAAAAAUGUCUAAAGAUGAAAAAUUGUGUUAUAUUAAAUUUAUAGAUUUUGGUAAAGAGAUCAUUGUUAAUAAUAUUAAAGGAGGUUAUUUAAUUAAUAAAAUUGUAUUUUUUUUAAUGAAUUUGAGAAAUACGAAUGGUAAAAUUUAUUUCUCUAGAUGUGGGACAAGUGAAAAAGAUAAUUAUUUAAAUGAUGAAGAAUUAAAUAAAGAAGGAAUAGAUUUCGCACACCGUAUGACAGACGUCAUUAUGGAAAGAGUCUCUAAAAAUGAGCAAGAUCCAGAUAAUCAAGAAAUGGCACGUUGGAAAUUGAACGCUCUAACGGAUUCAAAGCCAUUGCAUGUCUUUACUGCUGAGCGGAAAAGAACAUACGAUACUGGACAAUUCUUCGCAAAGAAAUAUAAUAUUCCUGUAUACCAAAGAAUGGAAUUAAAGCAAUUGAGGGAAGGUUCUGUAGCAGAUUUAUCUGAGGAAGAAAAGCAAAACAGAUAUCCAACUGAAUACCAAGAAUAUCUAAAAGAUCCAUAUCAUUACAGAUUUCCAAGGGCAGAAUCAUAUCAUGACUUAGCUAUUCGAAUGGAACCAUUUUUGUUAGAGUUAGAAAGGAUAUCGGGCGACAUCCUUAUAAUUGCCCAUGAAAGUACAUUGAGAGUAUUGUAUGGUUACUUCAUGGCAUCUUCAUGCCAGGAUUUGUGGAAAACCAACUUCUCUCGUGAUGAGAUAACUGAAAUCACUAUAACGCCAUUUCAAAACCAAGUAAGAAAAAUCCCAAUAUAG